CAUAGAGUACCAGCAUCACAUAGGCAGUUAGCUAGCGAACACGCUAGCUAACGUUGGGUAGGGCUAGUUAUUCCGAAUGAUGGCAAUGCUACCAUACUAGUCUUAUUCUGCGCUCGAAUUAGCGUAUCCAUACACUGUACACUGGGGUUAAGAUAACAGCAGUUCAGCACUGUGAAUGAGCUGAAGGAGGAGAGGGUAAGCAACCAGGAUUCCACAGGAAAAAUUUCCUGCCCUCAUCAACAUGGCUCCACACCCAGUAGUGCAGGCUGCCAUUGACCUCUCUGCUGGAGCCAUAGGAGGCACUGCCUGUGUGAUCAGCGGCCAGCCCCUGGACACCGCCAAGGUGAAAAUGCAGACCUUCCCCUCACUGUACCGGGGUUUCGUGCACUGCUUCAUUUCCACCUACAGGCAGGAGGGGCUGCGGGGCCUGUACCAGGGCACCACGCCUGCGCUGGUGGCCAACAUAGCCGAGAACUCUGUGCUCUUCAUGAGCUAUGGCUUCUGCCAGGAGGUGGUACGCAUUGUCUCCAGGGUGCCCAGUGGGGCUGCGCUAAGUGACAUGCAGAAAGCAUGUGCAGGAUCAGUAGCGUCCAUCUUCUCUUCGCUGGUACUGUGCCCCACGGAGCUGGUCAAGUGCCGCCUACAGGCUAUGCAUGAGAUGGAGGCAUCAGGCAAGAUUGCCAGUGGGCAAAAUACAGUGUGGUCAGUGGUGAGGACAGUGAUGCGGAACGACGGUCCACUGGGUUUCUUCCAAGGAUUGACCACCACCAUUGCCAGGGAGGUGCCUGGUUACUUCUGCUUCUUUGGUGCCUACGAGCUCAGCCGCUCUGCCUUUUCAGAGUAUAUGGGCAAGAGCAAGGAUGACAUAGGAGUGGUCCCAACCAUGUUCAGUGGGGGCUUCGGGGGUGCGUGCCUGUGGCUGGUGGUCUACCCCAUGGACUGCGUCAAGUCCCGAAUCCAAGUGCUCUCUAUGACGGGACGACAGGCGGGCUUCCUCAAGACCUUUAUGGGCAUCAUGCGCACUGAAGGUGUGAAAGCGCUGUACUCAGGGCUCACCCCCACCAUGAUCCGGACUUUCCCAGCCAAUGGGGCGCUCUUCUUGGCCUACGAGGCCAGCCGCAAGAUGAUGAUGAAGCAGUUCGACAGCUGAUCUGCUCCUGCUGCUUUUCUCUCUCUUCUUCCCAGGUGUUCCAUCCUGACCUUAUACCCUCCUCCACCCCAACCCCCAAAACCUUUCCCCUGUACCCCCGUGCACACUAUGGAAGUCAUUUUUAACAAGUUUAUUUAUUAUUGUGUUGUACAAUUGACUUCUUUGUGGGCUUGUCCCUGGAUUUGGGAGUCUGGGUCCUCUGUUCCUCUAGUUCAGAAACCAAAAAGCAAUGUUCAUCAGGUCAUUCGUUUUAGAAUUGAGCUGCCUUGUAGAAACAAAGUUUGCAAACUUAAUAUUGUGUAUUGCAGCACUAUUCUGUAAAGGUGAGUCUCUACUCUCAACUCUCGUCUAUAGUAGUAGCCAGUCAGUAUGAGCAACUAGAAAUUUCGGAAGAGGUAUACAUUUUUGAAAGAAAAACCUGACAUUUUGGAUUGUGUUUUUACUUGUACUGGCAGCAAUGCAUUCACAAAAAAACUUAAACAACUCUCCAGUCACAGAAGCUUUAAGAAUCCACAUGGAGUGCCAGAUAAGAUGUUGAUAUUGAUAUUGCUGUUGCCAAGGUGAAUGCGGGGAACACUGCAGUGGUAGUAGUCAUUGGCUCCUGCAUUGACCAGACUGUGUUAAUGUGUUUCAGGUAAACACACAGCAACUUCACUCACUCCUCAGUCAAAUUCACUCAUACUAUACAUAGCAAAUAUCAGCAUUGUUACAGUUUCUGAAAUGUGAUUGAUAGUAUCAAAACCUUGCUUCUUAGCUAUAUAUAUUUCACUUGAGCCUUUACCAGAUAUAAUUCUUAGACAAUGAAACACUCCUUUCUGAAAUGGACGGUGGGUAGCAGGGUAACAUUGUAGUCCAGUGUUUAUAAUUUUACUGCUUCCCCAUUGUCAUAGUUCAAUAGGGGUUUUCACCAACAUUUUUAUUGUGUUGAUGAAGAGCAGUCAGGUGGCUUGAUUAGAGAUGUAACCAUAAAUCUAAGUAGGAAAUUAUUAGGUUUAUCUGGAUAACUGAAGUAGCAUUUUAAAUGAGGGAUAUUAGGUGAAUUUAGGGCUUAUGUGCUGUCUCUGUCACAAACACUUGAA